UUACCGUUUAAUAGUCCGUCAACCGUUCACCGGUAAAGCGGAACAACGAAGCAAGCGCGUGAAUAAGCGAAUGGAAGUUAGUGAUUUCGAAAACAUAAAACAAAUAGCAGUAAACAAGUGACACUAGUAACAGCGACUGGCGUGCGUUCAAGUGCGAGCGAUCAGCGACUGAAUUAAAAUUGACUACAGCAUUUAAGGUGUCAAAAAAGGCAAGCAACUCCAUAAAUAAACGUGCAACUCAUAAUUUUAAUAAAAAAAUCAGACAUUUUCGGUGAAUUGUUGAGCUGUGCAGCAUUUUUGUAUGUCUAGCACGUCACGAAUUUUUGCAAAUAACUGAGAAAAAUUGUGGAAAAUUUUACAAUCAAUGAAUUUUGUUGUGUAUUGUAGCAAAUUAAAAAAAAAAUAAUACAGAGCCAAAUUAAAAAAAAAAACAAAAGAAUUAAAAAAAGCUAAGCGUUAAAAAGAUACUCUUUUUUUUGAAAGAAAACAGCAUUAACCCAAUCUAGUCUCUUUUUUGCAAAUUAAUCCAGUAAUGACGCAAGCAGUAAAUCGUUGAAUAGUAAAUACAAAGGCCUUUUCUAAUUUUGGUGCAAGUCUAAAAAAUAUUAUUGUGUUUUAUUUUCACUAAGCAAAGCGCAAGCUUCUGAGAAAUAUUCAAAAGUAUUUUUUGUUUCCAAAAUCGUGAUCUUACCUGCAAUUAAAAAUGGCUUCAACUACGCGUGCGCAAAUUUUCUUAGUGAUUUUUGUUUGUUCACUCUGCGGCAAGACACAACUGUCUCAUGCAGCUACUGAAUAUAAUCGCUAUUUGGCGCAUAUCUUCCACAAAUAUGGCACAGGUGGCACCAUUUCAUUCGAGGGUCUCGAGCAUUUGAUGUACAAUCUAGGCUUAGGACAAAUCGAAUUUGAACCUGAGCACACUAUCGAUCAACAUCGGCCAAAAGGUUACAAAACAUUAGAGUCUGAUGAUGACGCAAAGUUGACGGCAUAUUUCGAAAGACAAAUUUCGAAACUUUCUCCAUCCGAUGAAGAUAUUGAAGUGUUGAAGCAGAACCAGAAAAGCGCCGACGAAUUGGAUAUACUAAUUGGAGGAAAAGACAAAGGUGUUUUGCUGGAAUUCAAAGAGAUGCACGAUCCCAAGCAUAGACACCCACGGGAGAGUGAUGCUUCUUUGGACGCUGCACCUCUCUCCGCGAAUGUUUGCCUAUCCCCAAAGUCCAUUCUACGUCUGGUCGUCGAUCAUGAUGAUUUACACACACGUAAACUAUACAAGACCUACUCGGCCGAUGGCGUAGUGGAAGCGCACAACUCCGAAGCCGAAUACAAUGAGUUUAUCAACCAUGUGCAGCUAACACCAGUCGCAUUCAUGAAGCUCUGUCCAGCGCUGUUGGCGCAAAUCGAUCAGCACGUGUGCAUGCGACCAGCGCCGCUAACAAAUGGUGACGAUCCCAAGCAGGCAUUGUGGAAUGCUUGGCUCUACGCCAGCAUUUCCAUAUUCAUACUAUCCGCUUGUGGACUACUAGGCAUACUGUUGGUGCCGCUCAUGAAAACAAUCGCCUAUCAGGAUAUUUUAAAGUUUCUCGUCGCCGUUGCUGUGGGCACGCUAGCCGGCGAUGCUUUGAUGCACUUAUUGCCGCAUGCCUUGGUGCCCGAACAUGGCGCGCACGAGUCCGACGCAGCCACAACUGCUGAGGCAGAUGAGCAUCAUGGUACACAUGAGGCAGUAUGGAUUUGCGCAUGCGCCUUCUUCACAUGCAUUUUCAUGUACGUGCUGGAACAUAUUUUGCCACUACUGAAGGGUGAUAGCGCCAAUGGACAUGGACACGGUCACUCGCAUGGCGGUCAUGCACACACGCACGGGCACACACACGCGCAUCACACAGAACACGCAACGCCUGAUAAAACGGUCGCCACAAAUGUCGCACCGAUCGUCAACAGCGACGCCAAGGAAAUAAACAUCAUGUUGAAUGAAACGAAAAAGGAUCAGAAGACGCCAUCACGUCCGCUUACACCGGUCGCCUUUAUGGUCGUCAUUGGUGAUGGCUUGCAUAAUCUCACCGAUGGUUUGGCGAUCGGCGCCGCCUUUGCCAGCGAUCCUGUCACCGGCAUGGCUACCGCUUUUGCUGUGCUAUGCCACGAACUGCCACACGAAUUGGGCGAUUUUGCGCUCUUGCUGCAGACGGGCGUAUCGCUGCGUCGUGCCGUCUACUUGAACAUUGUAAGCUCGGUGUUGAGUUUUGUGGGCAUGGCAAUUGGUUUGUUCAUAGCCGGUGAGCAUGCGAACAUGACACAAUGGAUCUAUGCGGCCACAGCCGGCUCGUUCCUGUACAUAGCGCUUGCCGAUUUGGUGCCGGCGAUGAGUGAGGUGGAAGGCCAUGCGGGAGAUGCCAAGAGCAAGUUGAAGGGCACACUAAUACAGAUUACCGGCAUGCUAUUGGGUGGCUUUAUAAUGCUGGCGAUCGCUGUUAAUGAGGAUGCGCUCGCAGAGCUUUUUAAGUGAAUAAUUAAUAUAAUUUGAGGUUUGUGGAAGAAAUUGCAAAUGAGCUUCCUAGUCUAAUAUUGGGAAGGCGAGCUUUUAUAAAAAAAAACCAGUCCUGAACUGGAUUUUAGUGUUUUCAUAAACGGAUUUCUAUUUUCUAAAAAGUGUAGACAAUUUUUUCAAAGCCCAGCUUAUUUUAUGAUUUUCGUAAGUGUUAAAGUAUUAUUAAUAUUAGUCUAGAUAAUUUAAGUGUUUAGGAGUAUUAGAAACAAAUAAUGAGCCGAAUUAGCUUAAACUAAAACUUUAAUUCUAAUAAAUUGCCGAAUUUUUUAAUAUAUAAUUUAUGUAAUAAUGUGAUUGUUAUAUU